AUGGCCAAGGAUAAUCUGAUCUUGAAGCUGGAUAGCUUAGAGUACCGGUUGCACCGCUUGAACAAUACUUUAGAUGAAUUUCAACCACGACUGAACAAUACCACGAAAGUGUUUAAUGCCAAGGGGAAAAAGACAUCGAAAAGGGUGGCAAAACUGCUUGAACAGGAUGAUCUAGAGGCGGUUUCAAGACAACUUGAUGAUCUCAAAUGCCAGAUUUUACUCAAGAAAACGUUCCAUUUGAAAUCCAAAGUUCUCGCAACUUUUGAGCGCUCUCUACAACAGCAAUUGGACAGUCUUCAAAAGAACAAAAAUCCAAAGAAUGGUGAGAAACUCAAAGUUUUGAAGACAAUUGAACAGCGGUUUACGUUGCAUCGAUUUGCAGAAAUGAUAGCCGUAUCUAAGGUCACCAAGGCUGUGAUUUCGAAGCUGGCUCCAACAAAAGCGUUAAAAACAAAUCCUCCCAAAUGGCUUGCUGAGAGCGGAUACGUUCGACAAUUUCAGGAUAAGAAUGAUUUUAAUAAUCCUAGCAAAAUUUGGAACGAGACAGUUAUGUCUAUCAAAGGGUGCGACAAGCUUUUGAGUUCAACUAUGAACACUGCUAAGUUUAAAGAGCUUUUCGAUACAUUUGACCGAUCUUUGGAUGUGCUAUCAGGCAAGAGGAAGGAGAAAGAGGCCAAAGGAGCUAACGCCACUACCGGUGUUGCCGAAGACAGUUUGAAUUCGAUUGGGUCGGAGUCGGAAGAGGAAGAGGACAAAUCUUCAAAUGUAUUAGCGCAACCAAGGCGAGGACAGGAAGACGUUGACGACGAAUUCCUAGAGGAACAAAUUCUCAAGCAAUACGAGGGCAUGCUUGUAGCAUCUGAUGACGAAAUAGACGAGCAAUCCGACUACGCAUUGGACCCCAAUGUGAAUUACAACGAGGUUACAGAUGAAGAGCGCAGUGAAGAGGAAGGUGAAAGUAACAGCGAAAGCGGAACUGAACAGGACGACAAAGCGGCCAACCGACCACCUUUGAAGGUACACAAGGCCCACAACCUCCCAGAGCUUAUGAUUGGUUACUAUAGUGGAGGAUCAGACGACGAGCGCGAUGUCGUAGACGAUGCAGUCGCCGCUGAACAGGCUUCUAACCAAUCCAAGCGUAAGAACAGACGUGGCCAAAGAGCCAGACAGAAGAUUUGGGAGCAAAAAUACGGUAGACAUGCAAACCAUGUGCAGCGCCAAGCGCAGCAAGAGAUAGCCGAGAGGUUAAAGAAAAAAGAAGAAUACGAGCAAAGAGUCGCCAAACGUCAAGCGAGAGACAGGGCUCAACAAGCUGCACAGCCUGAGGGACAACGCGGAUCUGGAGGGUACUCUAAACCGGAAACGUCAUCUCAACCCGCUAGGGACGCACCAAUCCAUCCAUCCUGGGAGGCAAAGCGUCAAGCCGAGGAGAAAGAAAAGAAUGCUAAGUUUCAAGGCAAAAAGAUUGUAUUUUAG